UCGCGUUGCAUUGUGGGUAGUCACCACCAAUCCGCCAUCUUCGGGUCACAUCAGCAUGGCUUCCCUGGUCAGCAGAGUUCCGAGACUUCUCCAGGCCGUGGGCCGCACUCUGGCCGUCCAGGCCACUAGGAGUUACGCUGACGCGGCGGCUCCGGUUGGGAUGUCGUUUACCUUUGGGUCUCCGGCGGCGGCUUUCUACAAUGCCGCGACCAACGUGCGCCAGAUUGACGUCCCGACGUUCUCCGGUAACAUCGGUAUCCUCCCCAGCCACGUUCCCACGCUGGCCGUGCUCAAGCCGGGAAAACUCACCGUCUUCGAGGAUGAGGCCAUUAAUCAUUUUGUUGUGAGCAGUGGUUCUGUCACAGUGAAUGAGGACUCCUCGGUACAGAUCCUGGCUGAGGAGGCCUGUCGGCUGGAGGACGUUGACCCCCAGUUGGCCCGUUCAGGUCUGGAGAAGGCACAGCAGCAGCUGGCAGCGGCGACGACAGACGCAGAACGUACGGAGGCACAGGUGGCAGUGGAGUUCCACGAACAAGUGGUCAAGGCGCUAGAGUAACAGUGCUUUUGGCUGUCCCUGUCCAAUUAUCACCCGAUUUGACUAUGUAUGAAGUAGUAUGAGUAAAGUUGAGAAUAUCCUGAUACUUCUACCGUAUUAUUACCCGGUUUACCUGGAAUAAAUACCUUUACAAGAGAAAUAAA